UAAUACAAAAUUGAUUUUGUUUUACGUUUUAAUAAUGUUAAUUAAAAAAAAAUGAAUUAUAAUGGUAAUAAGAGUGUUCAUAUCGCAAUAAAGUUUAUGUAUUAUGCAAAACUAUUUUAACGUUUCAAUAAACAACUGUACUGUUAGCGUAACUCUAAUAUAAUAUCAUUUUUAUUAUAGCUUUAUUUUUGGUUAAAAAAACUUUCUAUUUUGUUCUCUGAUUUGUUGCUAUGGUCACGCAUGCAAAGCGACAGUAAACGAACGGUCCUCAGCUCUCGGAAAGCCCAGGAUGGCAGCGCAGUGGUCAACGGUAGAGCGGCUCAGGGUGAUCAGUGUGCUGCAGGACUGUGAGGACCAGCUGGCAGUGCUGGGGCACAUCAGGCCCAAAACCUGCGUGGGCCACCUGGAGAUGCAGGAGCAGCGAAAUGGGGUGACCCAGCAAAUCCAGACAGAGGAGGCAGGGCUGGCAAAGUCCAAAAAGGAAAUGAGGUCACAGAGGGAGUCUGAUGUAAUCUCAGAGAAUAAAGAGCUGUCACCUGAACCCCUGGCCCAGGUGGAGUAUGACAGGAAUUUUGUGGCUCAAGUGAUCACGAAUCUGCUGAAGGAGUUGCGGGAGACCGGAACAUUCCACAGUCUGCUGUCCACCAUAGAAGAGGAGAAGAAGAGGAAGGCCCGCAUCCGGGACUUCAUCCUCAGUGAGGAGGAGGGGCGGCGCAGGACCAAGGUUCUGCAGAGGCAGCUGCUGGACAUCCGCAAGGAGAAAGUGCUGGAGCUGCAGCGACGUGAUGAAAUGAUAGCCCACCUGAAAGAUCAGCUGCAGGAGACAAAGGCCAAGACUGAUCUGGAGAUGAAGUAUGUGGCCAAAAGCUCUGAGCUGCAGGUUUACCAGGAACAAAAGCUAAACUCCAUGAAGGAGAAGGAACUGGAGGCUGAGAUCAAGAGACUGCAUGAGAUGCUGGAGGAGGAGAGACUUUCUCACAUCGAGUUGGAGAGAUUCCUCAAAGAGGACCAGUUAGCCCUGGAGGAGAAGCUGGAGAUGUGGAUGGAACGCUAUGAGAAGGACAUGGAGGACAAACAGCAUGAGCUCAACACCCUGAAGAACAACAGAGCCAGCAACCUGGCCCGCCUGCAGGAGCUGGCCAAGAAGUACAGGGAGAGUGAGCAGGUGGUGAUCGCAGACAGGGUGGAGAAGGAGAACCUUCGCAGAGAGCGAGAGAAGGAGGAGAUGGAAUGGGCUUUCGCCAUCAAGCUCCAGUCCUGGUGGCGCGGGACCAUGGUGCGGCAGGGCCUGGGCCCCUUCAAGAAGGGCAAGAAACCCAAAGCUAAGGAGGGCAAAAAGGGCAAGAAGAAGAAAAAGAAGUGAGAGAAUCCUGUUUUUCAUGAAGCAGCGUCAGCAGCACAGUUUCCUUUCACGCGUGCGCCAGCACAGUGCUCAAACUGUUAAAAUAACCCCAACCUCAGCGCUCCAUCUCAGGGGUAUCUGAAAAGGGAAAUGUAAUCUAGUCAAAUUCCACAAAGCUUUAAUCAGUGUAAUGUUUCUCGUGUUGAGGUUACAAUGCGUGGAUGAAUUAUGUUUUAGAUGUGUGUGCAGUUUUACCAAUACAACAAAUCAUAACCAUAAUAACUCAUAACUAAUUAGAAUAGUAUUAGAACUAAUAACUAAUACUGUAGUUAUCUAGAUCAAUGGUUCCCAAUCUGUAUGCUGGUUUUCGUUCCAACCACACAAUCUCAGAAUUUUAACAAGCUAUUAUUUUUCUUAAUUAGGUGCUUUUCAUGUUUAGAGGGAUUAUUUCUCCUCUUAAGCCACAUUAUGUCUGAAAUAGCUAUGCAUGCCGUGAAGAAUAAAUGCCCCAUGUUCAUGUUACGCUUAUUCUAACAGACCCGAAAAACACACAAAGGCAGAGGUGGGAAACUUUUAUUGAUACAUUUAAAAAUAACAGCCAAUGUUCAUUCCAGAACAUUGUUUCAUUUUUUUUUUCUCCUGUCAUUUUAACCCAAGAGAGUGCUAGUGGGGUGCGAGAGGGUGCAUUUCAUUAGAAAACACGGGAAAAGUAAAAACGAAAAGUAAAAAUGUUUGGCUGUAGGAGGGGGCUGUUGCAAAGGAAAGUCCUUUGGGGUAAACAGAAAGAGCUACAUACUUAUAAACGUAUGGAAUGUAUUUAUUUACUGUACAGAGUCAUGCAGGGAACAACCCUGCUGUAGUGUCACAUGAUCGCUGCAAGGAACCGCCCUACUCAUGUAAAAAAAAUCACAAGAAAAAUCUAUACAUAAUUAAAACAACACUUGUAACAA